ACAACAACAACAACAACAACAAAAAUGUUUCCCAUCGAAAUCAUUUCAUAACAUACAAUUACAGAAGUGAAAGUAUGAUGCUUCUCAAGGAAAUAGAAAAGCCACAAACACCUUCUCAAGGUCAAAGAAUGGAGAAUUCAUCCUCUUCGCACGCAAGACAUCAUCUCUGGACAAUGAAGAUGCAGAAUGUCUCCAGCGAUAACAGAUCUAAACAUUCCUCAGCUAUGAGCUCAUCGGAGCUGAUGGGAUGGACCUCCAUCACGUCUCAGAUUUAUCAGCUGCUGUAAAUGAUAUAAAAGCAAGAGUGACGACCUACAGAUACAUCAGUGAGAUACAGUCUAUCACACACUCAUCUACAUCAUGACCUUCACCAUCUUCUCCAUCACCUGCUUUGCUCUGGUGGCUUCUGCUCUGGGUUGUGGAGUGCCUGCGAUUAGGCCACAGACGAUCGGCAGCAGGAUUGUGAACGGACAGAAUGCCAUCUCUGGUUCUUGGCCCUGGCAGGUCUCUCUUCAGCUGCCCAGUGGUUUCCACUUCUGUGGAGGAUCCCUGAUCAACCAGAACUGGGUUCUCACUGCUGCUCACUGCGCUGUCGUGGUCGGCUAUCACCGUGUCAUUCUUGGAGAACAUGAUCGUGGCUCCAGUGUUGAACCCAUCCAGGUCAAAUUAGUUUCAAAGGUCAUCACCCAUCCGCUCUACAGCAGCACGACUGUCAACAAUGACAUUGCUCUGCUGAAACUGUCGUCUCCAGUCACACUGACUCCCCGUAUCUCUCCUGUAUGUCUGGCUCCAUCAGCCCUCAGCAUCCUGCCUGGAACCCGCUGCUUCACCACUGGCUGGGGUAGAACUGCCACCACAACAAGCCCUCUGAUCCUACAGCAAACAGGUGUACCCAUCAUAAGUCCUGCUGUGUGCAGGCAGUUCUGGGGUCAGAACACUAUCACUGAUGCCAUGAUCUGUGCUGGAGCCUCUGGUUCCUCAUCUUGCCAGGGUGAUUCUGGUGGUCCUCUGGUGUGUGAGCGUUCAGGGGUCUGGUCUCUGGUGGGCGCUGUGUCUUGGGGAAGAAACACUUGUGACACCCGUUUCCCUGCAGUCUACGCCCGCAUCUCCCAACUGCGCUCCUGGGUCGACAGGACUAUCGCUUCCAACUAGAGCACCAUUCUGAGUAUUUAUCCUUCAGAGAAGAAAAAUUAAGUUUUAAGUCAUUAAUAUGUAAUACAGCUGAUCUCUGUUCGUGGUGUUUUUUUAGUCUGUCUGUGGUUCCAGUGAUCUGGCUGUUACUUCAUGUUACUGUUUUCUUGUUCCAGCUGUACAAACAUUUUAA